AUGGCAGCAAGAAUUGCAAAGUCCUUCAAGCUCCGUUUUGUUUCAAAACCCAAAACUCCAAGCCCUCCUUCCAUACCUCAAUCACCAACCACCGCCCACGGUGGAAGUGGUGGCUCAGGCCAUUUUCCCGCCAUGCAAACGCCAAAAACCACCGCCAAAGAAGAUGAAACCAGACAAGUUUUCUCUUACUUCGACAAUGACAACGAUGGCAGGAUUUCAGUGGAUGAACUGAUGGCAUAUUUCACGUCCAUUGGUGAAUCCAUAACACACGACGAGGCUCAGAAAAUCGUACAAGAAUUCGACAAAAAUGGCGACAAUUUGUUGGAGUUUGAAGAGUUUGUGGGAUUAAUGGAAAAUGAUGAUAAUAUUCUUAGGAAGGCUUUCGAGGUGUUCGAGGUUGAAAAGGGUUCCGGGUGCAUCACGGCAGAGGGGCUGCGCCAGGUUUUUCGCCGCCUUGGAAACGCCAAAUCGUAUCAAGAAUGCGAGGCUAUGAUUAGAGUUUUUGAUCUUGAUGGCAAUGGAGUGCUGGAUUUUUACGAAUUUCAUAAGAUGAUGGCUAAUUAG